AUGUUCACCUGUUUGGGGAGCCCAGAAAGGUUGAUGAAAUUGCUGUUGGGAGAGGGAUCGUUGGAUGAAAGCUCCAUUGGGAGAAGCCCAAGCAUAAGCUGUAGCAACUGCCACGGAGUUCUGCUGAUGUUGAGAAGACUGGGGUAUGUAGUAGGGAGGUUGCAUCAUGGGCUGUGUUGACGUGGAUACGUCAACAAGCUGGCGCUGAGCUGUUGAGUAAUCACCCACACCCCAACCACCACCCACCAUUCCUGGCACAUAGGGCAUUCCAUUGCCCGUCUGUCCACCUAGAAGACUGGCCGAUGCGUAUUCGGGACUCAUUGUGCUUGCAGCAAGGCUGUCUGCAUCAGAUUCGCCCUGAACACUUUGGUAAACCACAGAAGACUCCGGUUGGCGAUUACUGAAAGUUGGAAAGUAGUUGGUGCCCCGAUUCAUUGUUUCUGUUCCCCGCUGUUGCUGUUGUUGUUGUUGUUGAUAUUGUUGUUGAGGUAUUUGUUGAUAUUGCAACAAAGGAUGCCCAUUCACAAUCAGAGUUGGGUUACUUUGCUUCAAGUCGAUUUGAAUCACUCCAUUAGCGGUAUGUACAGGCAAAGAGGUAACGGGGAAGGUGGGGGCCGAUUGUUGACUUUGGAAGGCAGAAUUGGAGGCAUUUGGAUUCACCGCGGGCGAUGAGUGUGAAGACUGCGCCACAACUUGCUCAUAUUGAUGGAACGUCGGGGUGAGAAUUCGAGAUUUCCCCCUCGUUCGAAACAAUUUUGCCGCCACUGACGAGAAGAGCCUUUUCGCCAAUGGACGACUAUCUGUCGCCUCUCCGUUGUGCGUGGAAGGUACACUUGAGUAGGCGAAGAAUUGUCCAGGAUGUUAGGGAUUGUUUGUGUUAGGUUAGCAAGUCCUUACACAUAAUAAAGGGUGAGAGAAUAGACAUGGGAUGAUGGUGGCUUAAGAGGCUUGAAUUCGCGUAUUCAUAGUCUGAAAAUAAAGUUGUGAAUGGAAGUGUAACAUAUACAUAUAUGUAUGCGGUAUAGUGAUUAGUAUAAGUAAAUACACGCAAAUAUUCUUUCCACAACAUUAACUAAUUCGCCUCAUUUUCUCUGAAAUUAGGAAAUCGCCUUCCUUAGGCGCGGUAAAGGAAAAAAAUAUUGUUUUGAGGCGUCAAUGAUUGUGUUUUUUCUUCAGCUUUCUAGUUUUCAUUAGCUUAACCCAAUACACAAAAUUGUUAUGCUAUUUUCCUCUACACUGAUUGGCCAUUUAACAGGCAAAUAUCUGCUUUAAGAGGCGAUUUAAACAAAAAUCGGGAUUAAAGACUAACCGGAAUUUGAGGAGCACGUCUUAUAAUCUCGCCAGUCACCAUUUUCUUCCCUUUUGUACCGAAUGACAAACGCAGGAGUGUAUGCAAUGCCAGAGCGCGGCCCAAAUGCGAUUUUCGUAAUGACGUUCACAGCCUUCAUAUCGACUUGGAUGUAUUCUGUUAGGUUUGUUGAAACCUUUCGAGAAGGACACCAACCGCCCGUAGGCAUAUCCCUGGCAGUUUUUGCUGAAUGAUCCACUCCAGGACUAAUUCCAGCAAUAGGCUGCUCAACAGUUUCUGAAUUACUUGUCGCGGUGAAAGCCGAGUCUGGUAAAUCAUUUUCUCCCAAUAAAUCCUCGUCACAGUUCGCGGCGAGAGUAAAGUUGAAGAUGAAAGACGAGUGGAGGAGGAGGAGGUGGAGGAGGAGGUUGGCAAGGCAAGAGAUAUCCCGCAUAGUUCUGUGA